AUGGGUGGUUCAAGUAGCAGCCCUUCUCCUUCUUCUUCUCCUCCUACUCGUCCUACUCCUCUUCCUCCUUCUCCUCCUGUUAAAACAAUGAUAACAGUCUGUAUUAUCGAUAUUGACGGCCGUAAAGCCGAAAAAGACAUUAACCUUGAAUGGGUAUUCUCCCUGUGGGCAAAAUCCUUGGUAAACGACUAUGAAGUGACAGGAAAAAAUUUAAGUCUGAAAUUUAAUGGACUCGAAAUAACCUAUAAUGGUAAUGAAAGCAAAAAACUCAAAACCUUCGGGUUUUCUUCCAGAUCAGAUAUCUAUAUUUCCCAUGAGCAAAAGGGCUGCAGCACAAUCUCUCUAAUAAUAAAUGACACUUUCACUGGACUUUUAAAAACUGUACAAGCAAAGAUUUAUUGAACAUUUAAAGAAUUCUGUGAAGAGCUCGAAAGAAACCAUGGGAUUUAUGGGAUAAUAUCUCUACAAAAAGAUACCGUUGUCCGAGGCCGUUAUAUUAGUUUUGGCCCCAGUAAAAAUAAAACAUUGAGAGAGCUUGAAGUAAAGAAUCUAAAUGAAGUAUAUAUUGUUGAGCAUAUACAAGGAGGACGCUAA